UUCGGAGGUCGUCGGGUCUGUUCGGACAGUUCGGGUUUGGAUCAGUUCAAAUAUGGCGGACUACUAUCGGCAGACAGUGAUUUCGGACUGUUUCGGAGUCUGAUGGUUCGCGAGGGAUAUGGGAUAUUUGACACCGGUGAGAGAACAAUAUGAAUCGGAACGAGUCUUCUCCGAGGAACACGUGCACGGUGGAAAUAAGAAAACUGGAGCGUGCGAGAACCGAUCGAAUUGAUCUUACGAACGGCUAGUUCAAGCUGACCAUCGCCGAAUAAAAGUGGGAGAAAUGGAUGGGACGAGAGCAGCGGAGGUUCUACCUUUGCUCCAAGAACGUCUAGCCAUUUUACCGGGUGGCCGAGAUCGCAGAGGUGGACCCGUACUGGUGUUUCCAACUACGCCGAGGCGCGAAAGGGCCAAACCUGAGGAUUAUCGUCGCCUCUUGCAAUACCUGUUGACUGUGCCAAGCGACGAAGUCAGGGGCUUACGUUUCACGGUUAUUGUGGAUAUGCGAGGCGCUACUUGGGAUUCUGUCAAACCGAUUCUAAAGGUGUUGCACGAGCAUUUCCAUAGAUCGAUUCAUGUUGCUUUUAUCAUCAAACCCGAAAACUUUUGGCAGAAACAACGGACAUCUUUGGCCAAGCAAAAGAAAUACAAUUUCGAAAUAAGCACCAUAAGUUUGGAAGCUUUGGCGAAAGCGAUCGAUCCGUCGCAAUUGACUGCUGAUCUGGACGGUUCGCUGCAGUACGAUCACGCUCAAUGGAUAGAUACGAGGCUGGCCCUGGAAGAUUUUACAUGGCAGGCGGCCGAUCUUCUCGAUAGAUUGGACGAUUUGCAAGAGGACCUGAGUCGGAACGAUUUCGCCGACGACGUAGCUGGAGCGAAGCACGGAAUCGAUCUGCACAACGAGAUGAAGAAGAAGAUAAUGAAGGUUCCGGUGGACGAGAUCGAGGUCGUUGGACAACGUUUGUUGCAGCGUUUCGAUAGCGGUAUCGCCUCGAGCAGCAGCGAGAGCAGCGGUGGCGGUGUCGUCGGCGUGGAGAGCGGAGGAGCCGCGGGAGGCACCGGAGAACCGGACGGUCGAGCACUCGCGGCAUUGGUGAUUCAACACCUAGAUUCCGUACAUGCCGCGCAACAACACCUUCUGCAGUUGUGGCAUAUAAAAAAAAUGAAAUUGGACCAAUGCUUUCAACUUCGACUGUUCGAGCAGGAUUGCGAGAAAAUGUUCGAUUGGAUCUGUCACAACAGAGAAGCGUUCCUGGCAAAUUACGUCGAGAUCGGACGUUCUUAUCAGUUGGCGAAGAACUUGCAGGAGGAUCACAAGCAUUUCACGAUGAGUUCUAUGAACGUGUACGUGAACAUAAAUAAGAUUUUGACCAUGGCCAGCCGUUUGCUCGAGACUCAACAUUACGCUGCUGGGCACGUGAGAGCGGUGGCCGGUCGCCUAGAUCGUGCUUGGAAGGAAUUCGCUGCGGGCCUCGACGAGCGGACCGCAGUUCUCAGUUUGAGCGUCGUGUUUCAUCACAAGGCGGAACAAUACGUCGACAGCGUCGCGGGAUGGAGCCAAGCUUGCGACGCUGGAACAUUGUCCAACGAAAUACCGAUCUUGGAAUCUCAUAUACGGCAACAUCAGACCCUUUACGAAGCGAUGUGUCAAGCGUAUACGGAGGUUUAUGACGCGUAUCAGGCACUCUUAAGCGGACUAGGCUCGAUGUUGCAAGUGUGUCACAGCUUCAGUUCGACGCACGGUUCAAGCUCCGAUUACAGUCAGGACGGACACGUUAUCGAUGGACACAGCGGUAUGAGCGGGAAUCCAGCCGCGGAUUACAGCGAGGGUGCGUCUCACGUAUUGGCGGUGAUUCAUCAGAUCCUGGGUCAUCACAGAGCGUUGGAAGCUCGCUGGCACGCUCGAAAAGUCAAGUUGCAUCAACGUCUCGCGCUAAGAUUAUUUCAGGAGGACGUGAAGCAAGUUCUAGACUGGUUGACCAAUCACGGUGAAGUUUUCAUAAGAAAGAAUACUGGUGUAGGUCGCAAUCUCCAAAAGGCUAGGGUGUAUCAGAAGAGUCACGAACAUUUCGAAAACGUCGCACAGAAUACAUAUACAAACGCUACAAAGUUGCUCACCGCUGCACAAGAGUUGGCCCACACGGGUGAAUGCGCCGCCGACGAGAUAUACGCUGUCGCGCAAGAAUUGGAGGCUCACGUGAGCAGUUUCGCGGCAAGGGUCGAACAACGUCGUCGAAGACUAGAUCUGGCGGUCGUGUUUUACACCCACGAGAAAGAGUUGAGCGGCUGGGUGGACGAGUUGCGGCAAGAAUUGCAACAAGACGAGGUGGCGGAGAACCUGGAGACAGCGGAAAGGCUGCUGGAACAGUGCGGGCAACAUCGAGCCUCGUGCAUGGAAGCUUGCGCGUCGACCAUCGUUCAAGGCGAGGCGUUGCUUCGAGAACUACGCGAGUCCACCGAUGCUCCCGACACCACUGGUUCCGUAUCCGCGGUGGAAGCUGCUCUGGAUCGGUUAGCGGGUUUGAGACAGGAAUUGGAAGAAUUGUGGGCUACCAAGAAAUUGAGACUCGAACUCUGUUUACGCCUGCGCGUGUUCGAGAGAGACGCUCUGGAAGCGAGUGGUCAGUUGGAAAUGUGGGCGCAAGAUCUGCAAGGUCCGCCUAGAGAGGGUUCUCCCGAACAACUGUUGCGCGUACACAACGACGGCGUUGCUCACAUGCAAAACACCGCGUUUCAGGUUUUGCAACAGGGCCAAGAGCUCGCUCAGGUACUGGAACAGGCGGGAGUUUGCAUAAUGGCGGACGGACAGCACAGUGCUGCGUCUAGGGUACAAGUGCUUCUCGAAUUCCUAAACGAAAGAGAAAUGGAUGCCGAAGACUUGGCGGAGAUCAGGAGGAUUCGUUUGGAACAAGCUUCCCAGUUGGUUCAACUGCAAACCGAUGCCACGCACGUUGCCAAUUGGAUUCGUAACGGGGAAGCGAUGCUGUUGGCUUCGUUGCGAGUUCCGGAGAACCUUCAGGAUGCCGAGCAGCUGCGUUUAGAGCAUGAACAGUUCCAAGUCGCCAUAGAAAAGACGCAUACGUCGGCUGUUCAGGUAAAGCAUCGAGCCGACGCUCUCGUCGGUGCGAACCACUACGAUCCGAAGAGCAUAAGAGAAGUGGCCGAGGACGUGACCAAGCGGUGGCAACAGCUCGUAACGUGCGCGGAGGAGAGGCAUAAAUUAGUGACGGCUAGUAUAAAUUUCUACAAGACAGCGGAACAGGUGCGUUCCGUAUUGGACAGCCUUGAACGCGAGUACAAGAGGGACGAGGACUGGUGCGCCGCCGGAGAAAAAGCUGGACAAGUACCGACGCUGGUUGGGAAACAUCAAGAACAGAAGGAGGCGUUCUUGAAAGCGUGCACGCUGGUCAGACGAACUGCGGAAACGUUCCUCAAAUACACGAACCGCAGUCUUCAGUUUUACAGUUAUCAAGCGAACAGCGCCGGUUCGGAGGGCAAAGUGAAAAGUAUACUGGAAGAAUUGCUCAGCAAAGAGAAUCGCGUGCUAGAGUAUUGGACACAGCGUAAAAAGCGAUUGGAUCAAUGUCAUCAAUACGUUUUGUUCGAACGAAGCGCGAAACAAGCGUUGGAAUGGAUCAGAGAGACCGGCGAAUUGUAUCUGGCCACGCAUACCAACGUUGGUAAAAAUCGUAUCGAGAACGAACAAUUGUUACGGGAACACAACGAAUUCAAAGGCGCCGCCAAGGAAACGAGGGAAAGGGUGAAAUUGUUGAUCCAACUGGCCGACAAUUUGGUCGAGAAGGGACACGCUCACGCGACAGCUAUCAAACAAUCGGUUGCGGAAGUGGAUCAACGGUACAAGGAUUUCAGUACGCGUAUGGAUUGCUAUAAGACCCAGAUUGAAGACGACCUUGGAAUUCAGUCCGACGACGGCCAGAAAGAUCUUUCCAUCGAUCGCAAUUCCGAUCCUCUCCUCGAGGAGAAGAUCAAAGGGAAAGAUCUGAAAGAAUUGAACGAGGAAAAGAGAAGAUCGGCGCGUCGAAAAGAAUUCAUAAUGGCCGAAUUGCUACAAACAGAACGAACUUACGUGAAGGAUUUGGAAACGUGUAUUCGAUGUUUCUUGGAGGAGACGCGAUGCGGAAAGGGAAACGUUCCUCCCGGAUUGCAGUGUCGAGAAUCCGUGAUAUUUAGCAAUAUGGAAGAAAUUUAUCAAUUUCACAGCAACAUAUUCCUUCGAGAGCUCGAAAAGUACGAAACGAUGCCAGAGGAUGUCGGACAUUGCUUCGUAACAUGGGCUCAAAAGUUUGACAUGUACGUGACCUAUUGUAAGAACAAACCGGAGAGCAAUCAGCUGUUGGUCGCUCACGGCGGGACAUGGUUCGAGGAAUUGCAGAGGAAGCAUCGUGUCGAACAUCCGAUCGCUGCCUAUUUGAUCAAGCCCGUGCAAAGAAUAACUAAGUAUCAGUUAUUGCUGAAAGAUUUACAGGCCUGCUGCCAGGAGGGACAGGGCGAGAUAAAGGACGGGCUAGAAGUAAUGUUAAAUGUGCCUAAAAAAGCAAACGAUGCCUUACACUUGAGCAUGCUGGAAGGUUGCGACGUUAGAAUAGAUACCCUGGGCGACGUUGUGCUCCAGGACUCGUUCACCGUAUGGGACCCGAAGCAGUUGAUUAGAAAAGGCAGGGAUCGGCACAUAUUUCUGUUCGAGUUGUAUCUGUUGUUCAGCAAGGAGGUGAAAGACUCCGCUGGCAAGGUGAAAUACAUUUACAAGAGUCGUUUGAUGACGUCCGAAUUGGGAGUCACCGAACAUAUCGAGGGAGACGAGUGUAAAUUCGCCGUUUGGACGGGUCGAGCACCGACCAGCGAUACUCGCGUCGUCCUCCGAGCUAAUUCGAUGGACGCGAAGCAACUGUGGGUGAAAAGAUUGCGCGAAGUCAUUCAGGAAACGUAUUUCAGUUUAAGUAUGCCCAAGAGUCCAGCCAAGAAGAGUUCGAGUCAACGUUCCAGUAGAGACCUCGAGGAAUGCGCUUCUUUGGACGACAGCGUCGAAAAUUUGGAUAGAAAUUCCUUGGCUUCCUUCGGUUCCACCAACACGACGGACUCCGAUAAGACUGGAGUAGCCGAAGUGACUUGGGUUAUUGCGGAUCACUCGGCGGCACCCGGCUCGAAAGAAUUGACCGUGACGAAGGGUCAGCAAGUCGAGGUAUUGGAGAAUGGUAUUACCAUCAGCGGCGCGUCUGAGUGGACCCAUGUGCGUUUGCUUCUUGCUCCGGGACAAGCCGAUCCCCCGCCGGAAGGCUUGGUUCCGACAAGCGCGCUCAAGCAACCGCCCCCGGUUUCCAGUAAAACUUCGCCAUCCAGAAAAAUUCCGGCCCAUCACUAUCACCAACAGCAACAGCAGCAGCAGCAGCAGCAACAGCAGCAGCAACAACAGCAUUGUCAGUCAUCGAGCAGCCAAAUUCAGUCUGUCUCGUACGGAGUAUCGAGUGGAGGAGUCGCGACGAUUUCCUGCACGGCAGCAGCGGUAGGAUCUGUGACAGGCGUACCGCCGCCGCCCAUUGGAUCCUCUGUUCAGAAUACAACAUUCGUCGACGAUGCAGAACACGUUGCCGCCGGAAACGAUGGUAGCAGUAGCAGUAGCAGCAGUCUCUGUGCCGCUAACACGAAUUCACCGGGCAACAAAAGACGCGGGUUCAGUGGGAGGAAGUGGCUUCCACAACCAUUGCGCAAGCUCAGUCAAGGUAAAGUAGAGAAAUCGGCACCAUCGAGCGUAACGGCACAAGGACCGACGUCGGCCGAACGAGCUGCGACUGCUGCCGCCGCCGCCGCUUCUAAGAAAAACGUCUCCGAGAAACGAUUUAAACUGCCGAGCGGCAGCGGCGAGCAAACGCGACCAUCGAGAACUGCUUCGGUACCCGUUUCCUCAUUGACUGCUGCAACCGCGUCUAUGCGCGUGUCGGAGGCGGACGGCGACGUCGAACUGCUACGACCGGGAGCCGAGGCGGAACCGGAACCGGAAGCGGAAGGAGAGGAAGCGGAGAUCGAGCAAUCGGAACCUUGGAACGACUUGGAAGAGGGUGUGCGAGAACUGGACGACGACGUCGAAACUCUGACUUAUUCGGAACAGAACGGAGCGGACGAUGCCGAAGACGAUUUGGAACUUCCACCGCCUAUGAAACCCAUCACCGAACCGAUACUCGUGGCCACUGCUAACGGUGGAGCUUCGGGAUCCGCGAUCGCAACCGAAACCUGUGGCAAGUCUCGAGCGCCUGGAAGAUCGGCCAAGAUUAUUGACGGUGGUGCAACGACUGCAGAUUUAGCCGAGAUCGAACAGAUCGUGAAAGAAAGGAUGGAACAACAUACGGAAAAUCAAGAGAGACAAAGCUUGAUGCGUACGCCCAGCGGUAAAAGCUCGAACGUCGAUAACGAUGAGAGUUGCUCGUCGACGCCGACGACUACCAUCGGCACCUCUGGUACAGUGCCCGGAACGGCGGGAACUGGCGUCGGGGCCGGCGUCAGUGCUGUUACGGAUGCUGGUGCUUGCGGUUGCGCUGGCGGUGAAACGGGAACGACGACGACGACGACGAAUAGUCCUCAGGCUCGUGGAAGUCAGGAGGAAUGCGAUCCGGAAAACGCGGCUCUCGCGAAACGGCAGUUCGUUAUCCGAGAAUUGGUCGAAACUGAAAAAGAUUACGUCAAUGAUCUGAAACAAAUAGUCGAAGGAUACAUGUCGUUCAUGCGAGAUCCCGACUGCGACGUUCCGUUACCGGAUGAUCUGCGCGGCGGUAAGGACAAAAUGGUUUUCGGCAACAUAGAAGCGAUCUACGAAUGGCACAGAGAUUUCUUCUUGAAAGCUUUGGAACGUUGCCUGGAGCGGCCGGAAGAACUCGGUCCGUUGUUCAAGCGAUACGAAAGGAAAUUGCACAUGUACGUCGUCUAUUGUCAAAAUAAACCAGUGUCCGAGUAUAUAGUUUCGGAGUAUCUGGACAGCUACUUCGAGGAGCUGAGGCAAAAACUCGGGCAUCGAUUACAACUGUGCGACCUGUUGAUAAAACCGGUUCAAAGGAUCACGAAAUAUCAACUUCUCCUUCGCGAGGCGUUAAGACUCACGGAACGAACGCGAAGAAUUUCGGAGAUCGAUGGGCUGAGAGCCGCGGUUCACGUGAUGCGUGUCAUUCCAAAAGCGGCCAACGACAUGAUGGACGUCGCGAGACUGCAAGGUUUCGACGGCAAGAUCACCGCGCAAGGAAAGUUAUUGUUGCACGGACCACUGACAGUGUCCGAGUUGUCGUCGAACUUACAAAGCAAAGGAAAAGAAUGGCAAGUCUUCCUUUUCGAACAAAAUAUUAUCUUUAGCGAGGCAGUCGGAAAGAAGACGCAGUUUACGAGUCCCGCUUAUAUCUACAAAGCCCAUAUACAGGUGAAUAAAUUGAGUCUGGUGGAAUGUUACGACGACCCGGAAAGAUUUGUGAUCCGAUCGACGGACCCCCGUAAACCGGGACUCGGAUUCUCUUGUAGUACGAUAGAAGAAACUGGGCCGCGGAAGCAGGAAUGGGUAGACACGAUCACUGCCAUCCUGCAGACCCAACGCGACUUCCUCAAGGCGAUUCAGUCGCCGAUCGCCUACCAGAAGGAACUUACCAAAGAUCCAUUUCGUGGCGUGAGUCCGGAAUCUCCGUGUCGAGGCAGCGUACAUUCGUCGCCGCUCGCGGCGAGCACCAAAUGUAAAGUGCACGAAGAAGAAAGAAACGAAACUGGUGGUGGCUGCGGCUCUGGUUCGAGAAUGCAUUCGAUGAACACCGCGCCUCCAUCUCCGUCUUCGUCCUCGACCUCGUCUCUACCAUCGUCAUCGUUCCCGUCGCCGUCGUCCUCGUCGUCCCAACGACCUCGCGUCGCCGGAAACUUGGGGGAUCAGGAUCAAUCCUCGCGAACGCCGAGCCCCAGCAAGAGCAGACUCAAUUUUCUCGAGGGAUUCAGAAGCACGCUUCGACCUCGAUCGCCUGUUCGCAACAAUUCUAUUCCGAUCGUUGCAGGUAGCAGAGUAAGAUUAACAGCGGAUUGGGACAAGUUGCGCGCCGGCGAAGAGAUGGAGAUCCUCCGAGUGGACGGUCCGGGACUGAUGGUCUGUCCGAUAGUCGGAAAAAGGGAAGAAUUCUGGAUCCCGGCGAGCCUCGUUCCGAAUUCAUCGUUCAGUCGCGCAUGGUCUUUUCGUCCGCGGAGAUGCGAUUCCGAGGGAGAGAGCGUCCGUCUUCCGCGAGACGAGAAACGAGCGGAAACGAACGGUCCUCCCGUGAUCUUGACUAUUCCGUGUUCGAUCAGGGCAACGGCCGGUGGCGUGGCUCGGCUCGCGCUGGAAGCACGCCAAGUGGAACGAGCGACCGUCUCUUGGAGAAAGGAGGGCCAACCGUCUGACAUCCAGCCGACCGAACGAUAUCGACUCUUACGAACGACCGAUACCCUUUGUCUCGAAAUCGCUCCCUGCCUUCCUUCUGACUCCGGGAUUUAUUACUGUCGCGUGCACCACGAAACUGGUUCUUGUACAGCCAGGAUUCCACUUCGCAUCGUAGGUAGUAUCGAGGCGAGAAUGGCGAGAAACGCGUGGAGCGACGACGCGGGCGCGCGCGAAGGAUCCGUGACGAAGGAAAUCAGCUCGAGAGAUCGACUCAUCGUCGAUGACGGCGAGGACGAUGACGAAGACAACGACGGCGGCGGCGACGGCGGCGGAUACGUGGAGCUGGAAGAAUUGGGAGUCGGUAGAUUCGGCAAAGUGUGCCGAGGCAGACGAGCCUCCGGAGAGUUUGUGCGAGAAGUAGCAUUGAAGCAGAUAUCGAGGUCGAAGCAGCCUGUAUCAUUGACGCAUGCCGAGUAUCGUCUUCUUCGAAACAUCCGUCACGAUAACAUCGUCGAAGCGAUCGCUCUCUUGGAGGGUACUCCUCGAUCGGACAUCGAUACCAUCGUCUUGGAGUUGGUGAAGGGGCCGACGUUGUUCGCGCAUUUUGCCGAACAAAACGAGUACACAGAAGCGACUGUCGCGAGGUACACCGGUCAAUUGAUGUCCGCGUUGCAGUGGUUGCACUCGCGCGAUUGCGUUCAUUUGGAUGUGAAACCGGAAAACGUGUUGAUCGAUCGCGUGACCGAUCGAGCGAAACUGAUCGAUUUUGGCGAGGCUGUGAGGGCAAUACCACCGCUCGACGAGGUAGUUCCACCCGUGGACUUGGAGUUCGCAGCUCCGGAAUCGGUACUCGGCAAACCAACGGGCUCGUACACGGACAUGUGGGCUGCCGGUGUUUUCCUUUACGCGUUUCUAAGCGGGCUUUCGCCAUUUUUGGACGAUUCUGUCGAAGAGACGACUACGAACAUACUCAAAUGCGAUUUUUGCUUUCCCGAUGAAUAUUUCGCGGACGUAUCGGACGAUGCAAAGAACAUUCUCGGGAGGCUGCUGCGUUCGCGAGGAGAAGACAGAUCGACCGCCCGAGCAACAUUGACGUCGUCUUGGUUCGAGAUACCAGUGGGUGCAAUUAUUCCUUCCUCCCGAAUGGCUGCCUUCAACGACCGUCGCGCUCACCGUUCGACGCCACCGCCGCGACAGGAUCGGAACAGCAGCAGCAGCGGCGGUAGCAGCUGCUAUUCUUGAAUCGGCAUCGUUCGCGAAAUGAUUCCGUUCGUCGAUGACGAUCGAUCGAAAGGGUAAAGAAUACCGAAUCGCGAACGAUACUGCCGCGCUCGACACGCGUCACAGAUAAUUGCAUUUAUCCGCGGUGAUUCUAUACUCCUUACGCGCGCGCGUAUUUACCUCGAGCCGAAUCGUCUGGCUCGUGCGAGACUUGUCUUCGGAUCUACGCCACGAUCUCUCGCGUAGACGUAGCUUUUGUCAUUGGAAAUUGUGGUGGGUGCUACGUUUAACUUUCACAACUUGAAAAUUCCUCGUUUAUUUUACAAAUUACACGCGUUACAUCGGUCGAAUGAAAAUAAAUGGACUGCCUCGUGUAACAGGAAAUGACAGAGAUUCGAUGGGGCUCGGUACGAACGAUGCGCUUUGACAUGUUAAUAAAGUGAUUUUCAUUUUCA